GCUGUGUCUAUCUUCUCGCCAAAACGAUUUGAAGCCCAGAAGCGAGAGACGAUUGUAAUAUACGGAGAAUAUUGCAAUUGCUGCAGCGCAAUAGCCUAUAUCUCAUUCUGGACACGCUAGUUUCUUCGAUUCUGGAACGACGACACACCCAAACUCCGGAGCUAGGUUGCAUCGGAAAUCAUUUUCUGUUCAAGAUAACUACCUCUUUGCAAGUGCACAAUUAUGUCUUCCAGGCUUAUGCACACAUUGAAAGAAUUUGUUCGUAAUAAAGCUCAACCUGAAGGUUCAAUAGCCGAAGCAUAUAUUGCAGACGAAUGUCUUACUUUCUGCUCGAGGUAUUUGCAUAGGGCUGAGACAAGAUUUAACCGCCUUGAAAGGAAUGAGGAUGGUGGUAAAACACACCAUCAAGUCAUAUCAGUUUUCUCAAAAUUUGGAAAAACUAUUGGGCAUGGCGUUGUCAAAUCAUUAUCUUUUGAAGAUUGGGAACGUGCUCAUCUUUAUGUGCUAAGGAACUGUAAGGAUGUUCAUCCUUUCAUUGAGGAGUACGAAAGUAAAAAUCCACAUCCAUCUCGCGCAUCUAGUUUCCCGGAGUGGUUUGAAAGUCGAAUUACUCAAUUAUGGAAUCAACAUGAUAAAAAAGCAAGUUAUGAUCUACUAGUUUUGGCACAACGUCCUUUGAAAAGGGUUAUAAGUUACAGUGGAUGCAUUGUGAAUGGAUUUAGAUUUCAUUCAAAAGCACGAGGAAUGUCUCUUACCACACAAAAUUAUGGUGUCAUGGUAAAGGGUGAUGUGCAUAGUGGUGGGAAAGAUUUCUAUGGUGUGCUAAAUGAGGUGGUCGAACUUGAGUAUGAUAGUAAACACAAGGUGGUUCUAUUUAAAUGUGAGUGGUAUGAUGUGUUUGCUGAAAAUCUUGGAAUAAAAACAGACACAUUUGGCAUAAAUUCGGUUAAUAUUAGUCGAUAUCUUAAAACGAAUGAGCCUUAUGUCUUAGCUUCUCAAGUGCAACAAGUGUACUAUGUGAAUGAUCAUGCACAUCGAAAUUGGCGAGUUGUUUUGAAAACAAAUCCACGUAGCUUUUACGAUGUACCUGAAGAAGAUGAAGAAGACACAUUUUUCAUAGAACCAUCUAUGGACACUGAAGAUGCAUAUAUCCCAACGGAUUCUCAAAGAAUAACAUCAUUAGUAAGGGAUGAUGUGGAUCCUAUUGUAGUGGAUGCCAAUGCUAUGACUCAACAGCAGCAACGUCACCACAAGAAACAAAAAACAGUAGUUCCUAAUGAUGGGAGUGGCUCCAGCUCAAGCUCAAGUGAUGAAGAUGAUUUUCCACUUUUUUUAAAUGAAGUAGAUUUUGAGUGAUUAAUUAUACAUUUAUUAGUUUUUUAAAAUUAUUAGUAUAAAAUUAGAAAACUAAUAUAAGUAUUUUGUUCUU